AUGGCGGUGGUCACCCAGCAGCAGAUCCAAAAGUUCCACGAGGAUGGCUUCCUCGUCCUGGAGCAGUUUUUCACGGCAGAGGAGUGUGACCGCAUGAGGAGCCAGAUCCAGAGCAUCGUGGCGGCGAUGGAGGUGCCGGCGCACUGCCGCACCCAGUUCUCCACCAAGGAGGACGAACAGCUCCAGGCACAGGGGAGCUCAGAUUAUUUCCUGACCAGUGGAGACAAGAUUAGAAUCUUCUUUGAGAAAGGAGUUUUGGAUGAGAAAGGGAACUUCCUGAUUCCCAAGGAGAAAUCCAUCAGCAAGAUUGGCCAUGCCUUGCAUGCUCACGACCCAGUCUUCAAGCAAAUCACUCACAGCUCCAAAGUGCAGGAACUGGGCAGAAAACUGGGCCUGGAGAGACCAGUGGUGGUGCAGAGCAUGUACAUCUUCAAGCAACCUGGCAUUGGUGGUGAAGUCACCCCCCACCAGGAUGCCACCUUCCUGCACACGGAGCCCCUGGGCAGGGUCCUGGGCUUCUGGAUCGCAGUGGAGGAUGCGACGCAGGAGAAUGGCUGCCUGUGGUUCGUCCCCGGCUCCCACACCGCUGGGGUCUCCCGCAGGAUGGUCCGGGCGCCUCCGGGCACCUUGCCCUGCGUACACUUCGUAGGGUCAGAGCCAACCUACGACCACAGCCGGUUCGUGGCCCUGCCCACACGCAAAGGGGGUCUCAUUCUCAUCCACGGGGAAGUUGUCCACAAGAGUGACCUGAACAGCUCCCAGGCCUCUCGCCAUGCAUUCACCUUCCAUGUGAUGGAAGCCAAAGGCACCUCCUGGAGCAAGGAGAACUGGCUCCAGCCAACUCCUGAGUUGCCCUUUCCAUCUCUCUACACUUGAAGAAGUGGUUGGCUCCUGGAGGCAGUAGCU